AUAUAUAAAGCCGAUUGGCGUCUGUUUUCUAAUAAAUAAAUACAUAAUUAGAUUAAAUGAAAUACCGGCAUUAGAAAAAUCUCUGGCAAUAUUUUUUCGCGGGCGUGAGAAAGUUAUUUGAUCCAGCCAGAUGUUAAUUCCGUAAAAGCUUUCAUCACUUAGCUCAUCUGUAUUAAUACACCAGCUCAUUAUUUAUAAGAAGAGCGACAGCUUAAAUCUCGGUUAAUGUCAGUUGUAUCUGUCAUAUUUAUGUUCUAUAUACAAUACUCUUGACCGUUGUUAAGGACACAAGUACUUUGAACUUGCAGCUUAUAGCUCGUAGCUUAGACAAUUGCGCAAUCCAUUUGAACGUGACGCGUUAAGUUGAUGUAAUAUCCUUUAACAUUUCGGUAUAACAGCGCAAUCCUACAUCAUCCCUUAAAAGUUUUUUGGUUGAUAAAAAAUAAGAAGAAGGGGAUAAUAUAAGUUAAGAAGAAAAACUUUACUUGAAGGAUCGAUGAACCCUCGACUGAUAUAAUAAUGAUAAUAAUACCCCAUAUUACUUGUAUUUUACGUCCAAUCCAAAUCAACAAGUCUCACAUGCGCAUUUUACCUGUAUGGGUGAUGGGUAUUGGUAGUGGUAGUUUGUAAGGUAUAUUUAUAGACGCGCACGCUGCCGCGCCUGGCAAUGUUCUUCCAAAUCUCCAAAAGACCCAAGUCUUAUGUCACAUCUCUGCCUCUUCAGUACGCACGUACGCAGUUGCUCAGUUUAAUAUUAAACGAUAAAGUGCCGGUAAUUUUUAUUCAAAAGUUGCGAUGGCUGUUGAAACUCUGGAUUUGGCAGGAAGCGUCCAUCAACGUCCACCAAAAUCAUGCUUCCCUAUCCGAUAUCUUAUGGCGGUGCUAGGUUCUAUCGGUCUAGCCAUAAUUUAUGGAUUCAAGGUCAAUGUCAGUAUAGCCAUUGUCGCAAUGGUAAAUCAUACGGCACUUAAAGGCCCCAGAAAUCUCACAUCAAUCAACGAGACAGUGAACUUCAAUGUGACAUCUAAACCUCAAGAAGACGGACCAUUCCUCUGGGAUGGAAGCAUGCAGGGCAUUAUUUUAUCAGCAUACUUUGCUGGAUAUUUAGUUUCGAUGUUUCCUGGCGGACGGAUGUCUGAAUUAGUGUCUGCGAAGUGGGUGAUGAAUAGCGCAGUUCUUCUCAAUGUUGUGGCUUCUGUGUUGUCACCACCCGCAGCUUACGGGCAUUACUGGCUGUUUGUCUUCAUGAGAUUUCUUCAAGGAAUCGGUGGAGGUGUCAGCUUCCCAGCGAUGCAUGUUAUGAUUUCCAAGUGGGCGCCUCCAAAUGAGAGAAGUGUCUUGACGUCAAUCAUCUACGCGGGAACGGCACUUGGAACUGUGAUCGCGACAUUGCUGUCAGGGAUAAUCGCUGCUAGUAUGGGCUGGGAGUGGGUAUUUUAUAUUGAAGGACUCCUUUGUCUUAUUUGGUGUACUGCCUGGUGGCUGAUGAUUGAAGACUCUCCAGAACAGCAGCGUAGACUCAUCAGCCAAGAAGAAAAGAAUUACAUCCUUAAAUCGCUUGGUCAGAUUGAAAAUACGGAACAUCAUAAUUUGGCAGUUCCUUGGGGACAAGUUAUUAAAUCUAUACCUUUUCUCGCGAUCUUGGUUUCACACUUCUGCAGCAAUGUUGGGUGGUACAUGAUGCUCACACAACUUCCAACCUACAUGAAGCAAGUUUUACACUUUGAUUUGAAAUCGAAUACAACACUCUCUUCUAUUCCGUACUUAUGCAUGUGGCUCUUCACGAUGGCCAUCAGUAAAAUAUUAGCAAUAUGUGAGACAAAGAACUGGAUUUCUAGAACUUUUUCACGAAAAAUUGGAACCUUCUGCAGCUCUGUAAUACCAACAAUCUGCUUGAUUGUCGUGGCGUUCGCUGGAAACAAUCGAGAAGUAGCUGUUACAUUUAUGACCAUUGGAAUAACUUCAAUGGGUGCUAUGUACAGUGGAUUUCUAGGCAACCACAUUGAUAUCGCUCCUAACUUCGCUGGUACUCUAGUAGCAAUAACAAAUUUCUUCGCGACUAUUCCGGGAAUUGUUAUGCCAAUUAUUAUCGGGCAUAUUACUUCAAAAGAUCCUUCAAUCGCUACAUGGAGAAUUAUUUUCUACAUAACUUCUGGAUUUCUGCUGAUUGAAGUAGUGGUCUUCAGUAUUUUCGGGUCGAGUAAAGAAGAAUCUUGGAAUAAAGUAAAGUCUCACGACGAAGAAAUAAGCGAUCAAACUCUCCCUCUCGAGGAAAAAAACAGACACUAAUUUAAAUUGUAUUUAUUUAUAACUGAUUAAUCAAUGACAUCACGUUGAUCUCUUGCAUGAGUAUAUUAAUCAACGAAAUCACUAAAAAAAGUAUUAACUAAAAAUAAAUACUGUUGGAUAUAUAAAUGUAGAUAAAAAUAUUUAAGUGGGAAGUUGAUUUCAGGGAUACGUUUAUCAAAUGCGUAACUAUCUUUAUUUUUAAGUACAAAAAAAAAAAAAAAACAGUUUAUGUAAAUAAUUAAUAAAAAUUUAUUAUAUCUAA